GGCCACGUUGGUCAGCCUCUGACAGUUAACAAGCUCGAAGUGGAGUCCAUAAGUUUCAGGCAAAAGAAUGGCCGCCGCGCUAAUGAUAUGGAUAGCGUACUUAAUGUUUGCUAUUAGAGCUGGCCCAUGCAAUGAAACAAAUCACUGUUCAGACUGUGACAACACGACGGGAUAUUGCCUCACUGGGUGUCACACUGGGUAUUAUGAUCAGAUAUGCAGCUCAGAGUGCAGUGAUAACUGUAUGAAUCACAAAUGCGUACUUGACAGCAACGGCUUUGGUAACUGCACUGAGGGAUGUAUGUCAGGAUAUCAAGGCUUGGGUUGCAACAUACCAUGUGAUAGUCCAGGAGGCAGCUGUACAGCAUGUCCAGAUGGGUGUAUUGGAGAAUAUUGUCAGCUGGGCUCCUCCUGUGUGUCUGGAUGUGUAGACUCCUCGUACGGGACUGACUGUGUAGAGAGACAUGUUGACCCAUGCAUUGAUAACCAACACUGUUCAGACUGUGCCAACACAACGGGACAUUGCCUCACUGAGUGUGACACGGGGUAUUUUGAUCCGAAAUGCAGAUCAAUUUGCAGUGACAACUGUAAGAAUGAGAAGUGCACUCUUUUAAAUAACAAAACUGGCUCUGGUAACUGCACUGACGGCUGUGUGCCAGGAUAUCAAGGUUUGGAUUGCAACAUAUCAUGUGAUAAUCCAGGAGAUGGAUGCACAACAUGUCCAGGUGGUUGUGAGGAAGGGUAUUGUCAGCUGGGCUCCUUCUGUGUGUCUGGAUGUGUCGACUCCUACUACGGGACUGGUUGUCAUGAGAAACCUGGUGAUAACGGGGGACUGUUUACUGGAGUAGCUAUAGGACUAGCUACAUCAUCUUUCCUAUUCAUUGUUACGAUCUCCCUUGUUGUGUUCUGCCGAUAUUGUCAACGCUCGAGGAGAAACAGUACCAACCAUGCCACUGCUCGUCACCAGAACAAUGCUGUCGAGUACAGGACUGAAGAUGGGUAUUGUGAAAUACGAGAGGAAGACAUCGCCGUUCGUUGUCAACAGCCGAUAAUGAACCAAGGAGAGGAAAACAAUCAAAUCAUGCCUGUUUUAGCAGAUUGUUUUCCUGCUGAAGGUGAAGUCGCAAAUGUAAAUCCUUGUUCAGGACCCAAUGCCUGUGUUCCGUCAGGAGUAGCGGUCUGCUACUUAUCACCAGUUGAUGAUUAACAUAGAUGUAACGGUCAUAUAAUCAUCAAUGUGGCAUUCAUUUCGAACCUAUAUUAAUUCAGCCGCGGCAGAUAUUGCAUGUAUAUUAUUGUCUUCCUCAUAUUCAUCUGUUAGCAUAUUCAUGCAUUAUUCAUAUUCAUCUGACAACAUAUUUUCGUAUUGAUCGUAUUCAUCUGACAAUAUGUAUGUAUGUUUUAUCCAAUAGAUUACAGGUUCGUGUUGUGAUAGCUAACUAAUCAUAUUGUUUUGUAUCUACAUCUUAUUGAUUGUAUAU